UAUCAUGUGACCCGCCCGGGACGCGUGUCGGGAGGAGGAGGAGGAGGAGGAGGAGGAGGAAAGAAGAUGGAAGGGAACCGAGACGAAGCUGAGAAAUGUAUCAACAUCGCGUCGAAAGCCAUCGACGCCGGGGACAAGGAGAAGGCGCUAAAGUUCCUCCACAAAGCGGAGAAGCUCUUCCCGACGGGGAAAGCCAAAGCCUUGUUGGAAGCGCUAACCAGGAACGGGAGCUCCGCGGCUAACGGUGCACAUCGGAGGCGGCCAGCGCACAAUGCGGAAGAUGGCGCCGCACGGGCGGCGGGGGAAUGCCCAGAGUCCGGGGGAGCGGGAUCGUCCAAGGUGUUCAUGCAAGAGCAGGUGGAAGGCGUGCAAAGAAUAAAGCGCUGUAAAGACUACUACGAAGUUCUCGGUGUCACCAAAGAAGCCAGUGAGGAUGAGCUGAAGAAGGCGUACAGGAAACUGGCCCUCAAGUUCCAUCCGGACAAGAACCACGCCCCUGGAGCAACGGACGCCUUCAAAAAGAUCGGUAACGCGUACGCAGUGCUUAGCAACCCGAGUAAACGGCGGCAGUAUGAUCUCACGGGAAGCGAAGAGCCGAGCGGACCGGGUCACGCGCACGGCGCCGGCAACGGGUUUGACUUCCACAGAGGGUUCGAGGCCGACAUCACGCCUGAAGACCUCUUCAACAUGUUCUUUGGAGGAGGCUUCCCAUCCUCAAGCCCACAGUCGUUCAGCAACGGCAGGACCAGCUACAGCCAUCAGGGCGAUUACCGACAGGAGAGGACUGACGAAAGAAGAGACGGGGGUUUCUCCAUGUUUAUCCAGCUGAUGCCCAUCGUGGUCCUGAUCUUGGUGUCAAUACUGAGCCAGAUGAUGGUUUCUCCCCCUCCCUACAGCCUCUACUCUCGACCGUCCACGGGUCAGACGGUGAAGCGGCAAACGGAGAACCUGCACGUGGACUACUACGUCACCAGAGACUUCAAGUCGGAGUACAAGACGGCGGCGGCGUUGCAGCAGGUUGAGAAAAAUGUAGAGGAAGACUACGUGACAAAUGUCAAGAAUAAUUGCUGGAAGGAGAGGCAGACAAAAACGGACCUGCUGUACGCUGCCAAGGUGUACCGGGACGACCGCAUGCGCAAGAAGGCCGAGCAUAUGACCAUGGACAACUGCAAAGAACUGGACAGACUGACCAACCUCUUUCGGGGCGGAUGACUCGCUCAAACAACCGUUAAAUCUUAUAAUGUAUAUGAAUAGAUGUGUAUGUUCAGGGUUUUUUUUGUUGUUUUUUUUUAAGAGAAUUUACACUAGGAGCAACAGAGAGGGAAAAACUACUACUGAAAAUAUCUCAUACUUUGUGUACCUCACUGUUAGAUCCGAAAUGACCUUGACAUUCCAAAAAAAAAAAAAAUGACGCCAUUACUUUCGAUUCUUCUGCUGCUUCCCUAAAAUCGAAAGGGGGGAAGGAAAAUGGCUAACAAUGAGUAGAUCCACCCCCGUGUUGUUAAAGUCACCAAUCAGCUUUCGGCAUGAAUGAAUAUCCAUGUGGGGGAAAAAAAGGAUGGAAACGUCACCGGUGGACUGAAGAACACUGGACUCACUUCGCCACACGCAUUCAUACUAGAUGUACAUGUUCUUUUUUUGUUUUGUUUUUUUAAUGGUGGACCUUUAUGCAAAUAUUUAUGUAACUAUAGAAGAAAGUGAUUUUCUUCCACCCUUACUUAUCAAGGAAAUAAAGUAAUAUUAAUAAUUGGAAGCAUCUGUCUUAGUAAAGGUAGAUGACUUACAUAGAUUACCGAUGAUGUCACCACAAUCCCAGGAUUCCCUUGUCUGCCAUCUUGUGUGUCACAACCGGUAAUUGGAAACCUAUCUAUGGUGUACCAAAAAUGAAUAAAUGAUACAAGCUACUUA